UUAAGUUCGUUUUUUUUCCUGUGCUGACCUGUAGGCGGAUAAACAACCCUAAGAGUACCAACGUCAUUAUAAUUCUGUAUUUAUUCGCUAGCUUUGGAUUGAACGGGAACCCUCUGCAAAAUUGCUCGAUUAAAGCACAGACUGUUCCUUCUAAUAAGCGCACAGAGCAGACCGAACGAAAACAGGAAGUGUAAAUCGUGUAUUGUUUCCAGGUAGCCAUCUACUUUCAGCAAGUAAGUCAGAUAUCAACUUGAUUUUCAAGAUAUUUUGGCACAAUGGGACUGUUCGGUCGAACACCGGAGAAACCGCCAAAAGAGCUGAUAACUGAGUGGACCCAGAAAAUCAGGAAGGAAUCAAGAGCAAUCGACAGGCAAAUUAGAGAUAUACAAAGGGAACAGGAAAAAGUGAAGAAAUCCAUCAAAGAUGCUGCCAAAAAGGGCCAGAGGGAUGUUUGUGUGAUUCUCGCAAAGGAGAUGGUUCAGUCAAAACGAGCAGUCACAAAGCUCUACUCCUCCAAAGCCCACCUCAACUCGGUGACACUCAGCAUGAAGAAUCAGCUUUCUUUACUCCGUGUGGCCGGUUCCAUGCAGAAGAGCACAGAGGUGAUGAAAGCCAUGCAGAAUCUGAUCAAGGUCCCGGAGAUACAGGCCACCAUGCGAGAGCUAUCAAAGGAGAUGAUGAAGGCCGGGAUCAUUGAAGAAAUGCUAGAGGACACGUUUGAGAGCAUGGAAGAUGGAGAGGACAUGGAAGAGGCGGUUGAGGAGGAAGUUGACAAGAUUCUCUUUGAGAUCACAGCAGGUGCCCUCGGCAAAGCGCCCAGCAAAGUCACAGACGCCCUGCCCGAGAUGCCAUCGGGAGCCACCGCGGCCUCAGAUGAUGAGUCCGAGGAAGACAUUGAAGAAAUGCAGUCCAGACUGGCCGCUCUUCGGAGCUAAGUUGGUGUUUGUUUGAGGCAAUACAGGUUGAGCUGUCGAAGUACUGAACUCCUGUCCACGACUUGCUCUAACUUCGCUUGCGCGCAAUCAUCUGGGGUUGUAUUUGGGCUCGGGGUCAUUCAUGUCACUUUUAAUGUGGUCUUUUUUUUUCUUUUUUUAAAUCAGUGGUAAUCUUGGUAUGUUUACUAUCCAAAGUCAAAGAGAAAGUUUGAGAAAGUGUAAAUAUUGUAAGUAUGAAAAGCCUACUGUGCCUAUAGUGCUUCAUCUUACUCCUCUUGUGUCUUAUGUUAUGGAAACCACGGUAUUUAAGACUAUUUGUUUUCAACUCCCCAUUGACAAACUGGUCACUAAAAUAUUCGCAUCACUAACAAGUCCUUGUUAACUAAAACACUACAGUUGUUGUGUGCAUUUCUUUUGAAAAAGACUUCUGUACAGUUGGUGUGUCUUCUGUACAAUAUGAAUUAUGCUUACAUCAUCAAAAUGCACGCAUACUCCCCCCAACUAAUUUGUUGAGUGUUAACACUCCACCUGUCCAAAUUUUGUGUCAUGAAUGAGUAAGAAACUAAGUGCAAAGGCACAGCAAUGAGUGGCUGGUUAGUUGUGAGAAUCUGUAUUGUGGAAGUGCAAUUGGUGUAUAUUUUUUCUAUAUACAUAGGGUGAAAUGAUAAAAAAAUAAAAUUUUAAGGACACCAGGA